AGCCAGGGUGCUGUAAGAGGUAACCUGGCGAGUGGCAGCGGCGGUUCUCCCGUGCUGUGGCUCACGCUUUGGUACUGGAGGCCGAGACUGUUCUGGCGACGGCGACCUCUGCGGCGACGGCUGAGGCUCUCGGAGGAGUGGCGGAGUACGAUCUGGAGGAAGGGCUUCUGGUCAGCCCAGGUUCUGUCAUAAUGAAUGGAUCCAGUGUAGCAAAUACAUCACCUAAUGUAAAAUCCAAGGAAGAUCAGGGAUUAAAUGGGCACGAUGAGAAGGAAAACCCAUUUGCAGAGUACAUGUGGAUGGAGAACGAAGAAGAUUUCAACAGACAGGUGGAGGAGGAGCUGCAGGAGCAAGACUUCUUAGACCGCUGCUUCCAGGAGAUGCUGGAUGAAGAAGACCAGGACUGGUUCAUCCCCUCCCGGGACCUGCCGCAGGCCAUGGGACAGUUGCAGCAGCAGUUAAAUGGACUGUCCAUCAGCGAUGGUCACGAUUCUGAAGAUAUUUUGAGCAAAAGUAAUCUGAAUCCGGAUGCCAAGGAAUUUAUUCCAGGAGUGAAGUAUUGAGCUGACAGAAAGCUUUGAGGAGAACUUGUAUGUCCCCACACCUGGGGACAGUGCUGCACAAAGAGGCGGAGCUGAAGAAGGGGGUGGGGUGGGUGAGGGGUGCACAGUGGGGAAGGGGGAUAGUGGUUUAACUUGACACUGUGACUGGAGUAACUAAUUUGCUCAGUCUUACUCUACAAGCCUCUGAGUCUCUGAGUAUUUUUCUUUUGUUCUACUGACUUUGGUUUGGAGCAGUUUCCUAUGAUGAUGAUGAUGAUGAUUAGCUUUUUGAGUUAAGGAAAUUGCAGUCUUUUUUUCCCUUCAUCAGGAAUGUUCUGCUGUGUGUGUUUAAACAAAAUAAGCUGACCAAGAAAAUCUGGGUGUUUAAGAAUGCCCUUCUCACCCUACUGUACACUUACCAAGGGCAGUGAACACCUGGAGAAUUAUCGAGUCUGUUAAGCUGGAUGAGAAGAGGGACAAAUGGAAGAAGGGGGUGUUGCAAAUCAGGGUUCACAGCCCAGCUCCCCUGACCCCCAGGGCUUUCCUGUGAUAAAGCAGAUUACCAUGGCCUGCCAAGCCCACGUCUCCUUGCCUGGAACCCCAUUCAAGAAAACACAGACUUCAAGGACUGGUUUAUGGUAACUCUUUUGAUGGUUAAUGAAGGUUGUAAACCAGCAGGGGUGGGCUGUGCUAGUGGUUGUCAUUUGGGUCAGUCACUGCUGGCUUGUUCUUAAGUCUCUGCUUACAGCUACCAUCAAACUCAUUUUUCAUUAUUUAUGAGGUAAAAGAGCUCUAGGGUGGGUUUAUCACUUUGUCCCUCAUGGCAUCUAGUCCCCUAUCUCCUUUCCACCCCAACCCUACUGUUUUUAAGAAGAGAUACUGUUACCAGAGGGGAAGGAGAGGUAUGCUGUGCUGACCCUCAGCUUCAGUCUGGAGUAGUCAACCUUGAAUUCUGUUCAUUGUGUCUUAAGAGUAUUUUGGCAGUUUUUUGCCAGUACCAUGAAGACUUGGUCCUCCUGGUAUCUUCCCUUAGAAAUUAUUCCCAAUAAUUUUUCCCACAUAAACAUAUUUUUCAGGACACCAGUGAGAAGCUCAGUUCACAAUUUGGAUGCUUCUCCCCACCUUACAGAUUUAUGCAAAAGAACUAAAAAAAAAAGCCUGGGAGAGUAGGUCUUGCUUGACCCAUGUGACCAUGUGACCCAGUGGGACAGUUUCAGCAACUAUAAAAUUUUGCUGUUCCCACAUACCCAGCUUUACGAGUUCUCUAGGUUGGGCUCUUUGGGUAUAUUCGUUUUGUUUUUCCUGACUAUAAACCACAGAGGUUUUUUUGUUGAUACUCAUAAGGGGUUAAACUGGGCACCAGAAGCUGCCUUCGUGUGAUGAAGAUGUAGGUGGCAGAGUCAGGUCUAAAGGAGAACAUGUGUCGUCCUGGCCGUUCUCCUAGGACGAGGACUUGCAGAGGCCUGAGGGGGACAGCGGCUUCUGUAUGACUGCUACUGUGUUGUGUGACAGGCCUAUCAGGAAAAGACCACGUAAUGAAAUAAAGUCUGUGUAAAUUCAGUAUGUGGAUAUGGGACAGAGGUUGGAAGGAAAGGACCAGUGUCUAGAAAGCUUAGGAAUUUCUCCCUUUUCUUAGGUGUUCCCCUUGUUGACUUUCUGAACAGCAACAGGCUAAUGUCAGAUUUAAAAUACGAACCCACAUCUUUUCCUCAUUUGAGUCUAUAGGAUGGCAUCAUUUAAAGAAUGGCCUUCCCCGUUAGGUCACAUGUCAGAGGAGAGUAGCGUAAGGAACUUGUAUUGCCAGGCGUGCACAUUAAUUCCCAAAGCCUCUACCUCAAGAGACUGGAACAUUUAACUUGUUUCCAGGGAGGGCUAUGAAUAACGAACCUUCUUUAUUGCAGCUUCAGCUUUCAACUGGGGUCGUUGCCUCUAAUAGGGAGAGGGCCUUGGAAGUGCAGGAAUAGAGACGUCUGUGUGUCCCAGGGCUCCAUUUCCUCCUUCAGUCUCCAUUACCUUGUCCAAGCUCAGAGUCCUGAAGGCUGCAGGGAAUAUAUUGAGACUGCAGAAAGAGCCAUUUUCUAGAGCGUGGGCUUCUCAGAAAGAAACAAUGGAUUCUAGUGUGGCUCCCAGUCUGGAAAGUCCUGUAGGGAUCCGGAUGGAGCCGUUUCUUUAUCCUGAAAGAAGCUUGCUGUCCUGACCAGGAUAGGCUGAGAUGUUGGGAGCAGUGCAAAGGGCUUGUCUGUUUGCUGUGGGGUUCAGUUUUGGAUGUCGGUCUUUAGCAUGGUUUCACAAGGCAGAUUCGGUCAGGAGUGAGAGAGCUUCCUGCCAGAUGAGCAGUGGAACCUGAGGGCUGGACUUCCCAGUCCCAUUCAGACACGAGAGUCUGCGGACUCCAGGAGCAGGAAGCGGCUAGCAGCACAACCCUUUUCUUAGCCAGUCAGCUUGUGCUGCAGUUUUUCUCCAUAGCCUAGCUCUUUUCUCCAUCACUUGUGUGUUGUGAGGCGGGAGCACAAUUGUCACCCAGAUCAUAGGCUCAGCUAGAGAGUUUGCCAGCUCCUUACUAGAAAAUGCGUGCGGGUCUUGUUGGACCUUCACUGGGGAAAGGCUGGGGGCCCCUGUCUCUGACCUUUCCUCGUAGGAACCGAUCUGGGUGCAUGCCCGCCGGCACCUUGACCCUUUAAGGGCGAGGCAGGUAUUUAUAAGUGGUUAUUUUGAUGUUGAAUUUGAGCCACUAACUCUGUUUAAACUUGUUCCAUCGGCAACUGGAAGCUUGAGAAUGUGUAGAGCAAUAGUGUGUGUUUGCAGUGAGUGCCAGUUCUGGCUGGGCCCAGUGUAGGAUCAUCAGUGACUGGUUUCUGAGUUUUGUGAUUGUUGGACUCUAAAACUCCAAGAUGAAAACUAUUUUCUCUUGGCUCUUCAAGAGAAAAACACAAGUCAAGGAAAUGCCUUUACAGUUUCUCCAGGUCUUUGAACGGCAGCAGAAAACUUGACAGCUACCGCCCAGGCCUGAGCACCUGCAGCUGUGGGGCUGUGCGCGUUCUGACUGUGGCAGUGGACUCUCGGGGUCAAGCACGGUCAAACCAAAACAGACUGUAAGGCAGGGGCUGGACUUUUGCAGCACCUUUAGUUUUCAAAGUCAAAACAGCUGGAGUCUCUAAUUAAGGUUAUAAUGCUAACUAUGGCUUAAAAAAUGCUUUAGUGAACUACUACGCAGCAUUUUUUAGAUUGUGUAUUGUCCUAGUGUCAGUUUUGUCAUGAUUUUGGAGAGGCUAGGGAGUAAGGAGGUCAUUACAAUACUCUGGCAAGUGUACGUCAGAGAGGAACGUUGUGUGAAGGAGCCAAAGGAAACCGUUGACUGAAUCCUCUCGUUAGUGCGGCUGCAGACCCCGUGUAGAAACAUCAGGUGCCCCAGAAUCGACCCUGCUGUGAUCGGAGAGGUCAGGUGUUCUUCGAUAAGGGUCCCAGCAUCACAGGUUAAUAAUGGUUCUUGGUUUAGGUGACGUUUAGGUAUGGGGACGAGCACACACCUCACAAAUUUGACCAAGAUUUGGGGACGGCCACCUACUGGGGAAGACUGUGUAUUCCCAGCCCCUCUCCCGGGACAUGAUGCAUUCGUUUGGGAAAUGAGUGGAGAAAACAGGAGGAUUGACCCAGUUCUGGUGGGCAUUGGGAAACUCUAAGCUAUUUACUAGAAAACAGUACAGUGUUUUCCCAUGUAACUCGACACUAAGUGAUAAUCCUGCUCUAUUAAUUGAGCCUUCAGAAAUGUUUAAUGCAGGGAUUUUUUUUUUGAACAACUAUUAAGGCUUAUUUUACAUAUAAAAUUCACCCAUUUCAAGUGUACAUUUCAGUUAUUUUAGUAAGUUUCCUGAAAGGUGAGGCCAUAACCAUACUCAGUUUUAGAUGUUUUCCAUCCCACCCCAUGAGAUCGUUCAUGUCCAUUUACAUGAUAAUCCUGUUCCCAGCUCUGGGCAACCACACUUAUCUGUCUCUACAAAUUUGCCUUUUCUGGGCAUCACAUCAAUGGAAUCCUACAAACCGUGGUCUCUUGUAGCUAGCUUUUUCCCUUAGCAUAUUCUUGAGUUUUAUCCAUGAGGCCUAACUUGUGUUGGUAGUUUGUUCUUUGAGAGCACUCAGUAGUAUUCCAUUGAUGGAUAUGCCACAUUUUGUCAGCAGGGAAUCUUGUAAACUUGGAUUUCAGCCUCCUGUGGUCUAAAUAGAACCCUCAGAGCACAGGACUCCUGGGCAUGCUGCUGCGUGUAUCACGUGAACUGCUUAUCAGAACCAGCUUUGCCAUCAGGACCUCCACACGAGGAGCCUAAACUGCUGCAGAAAUUUUUAUAACUUUGCAACUUCUUUUUUAUAAGGAACUUUUGUGCUGUCUACACAUCAGGACUUUUGAAGCAUCUGAUAAUUUAAUGAGUGUGUUUUGAGUGGACACAAAAGCAAAACCGUCUGUACUCUGUUGGAUAUUUUAUCCUCCCGAACUGGAUGGAGGGGAAUCGCCAAACUUUCUGAAUACAGUAUUGUCUCCGUUACAAAGUUGAAUGUGUAUUAAAGAUUGUGCUGCCUUUGUUGGACGGAUCUGGAGAGAAGGACAUCCAGCAGAGGAGGUCGAGAGGAGAAAGGGAGUGCAGCCUGAGGAACGAGAAGCCCCUGAGGGUCUGUGUGUGACUUACCCAUCUGCUGGUGUGGAUGGUAGAGUGCGGAUGGGUGCCUUGCAGCAGCUUCACACCUCCAGCGGGCCUACGUCUUGACUUUCGCCUUUGAUCCCUGUUUCACAAGUGUUUAAGAGCUGUUUUUGUUCCUUUUCUCUCCUCUAAGUACACAUUAUGUGGUAGUUAUUAAUAUGUCUUUGGGGGAGGGGCAGGGCUUUAAAAUCGAAGAAAAUGAUUUUCAUAAAAAUAUCAAAAAUGGGGGAAAAGUUACUUUUUAAAAAUUUUGCUAUACAAACCAAAUGGCAGCUGUGGAAAAAUCUCAAUAAAACGAGAAUAAAAUGCAUUUACUUGCUGGCAGUGGUACUGUUUUUCCUAAGGUUGGGUGAUUAUAUAUCAUCGUACAGGGAAUGUAUGUGUGGUGUGCAUUUGUGAGAGAUAAAAAAAAAAAGAUUGAUUUAUUUGCGGGGGGCAGAGGGAGAGAGAAUCUCAAGCAGACUCCGGGCUGAGUGCGGAGCCUGACGCAGGGCUUGAUCUCACAACCCAGAGAUCAUGACCUGAGCCAAAACCAAGAGACACUUAACCUACUGGGCCACCCAGGUGCCCCUUGUGAGAUUUCUGUCUCAAGAUGGACCAUGGUUUUAGUUGCAUCAUUUUCCAUUCUAAAUAGUGUUAUAAAGUAGUAGAAGCAUUGGAUUUGGAAGUCGCAGACCUGAGCGAAUCCCACCUCCAGCACUUUCUUAGUGCCUUCAGCCUGCGCCUUAGUUUAUAAAGACACGACACUUCCCUCCUAGGACUGCUGUGAAAAUUAGACUGAAGUUAAUUUCAAAAUAUUGCCUGGCACAGGGAAGGUGCUUAAUACGUAGAGGCAGUAACGUGCUGUAAUGUGUACAGCUUUGAACAAAGGUAGUAACAGGAAAUCCUUGGACUGAAAAGGAAAUUGGAUAGCUGUUACCUUCCUGCCUCGGGGGAAAGCUGACUCCUAUCUAGAAAACAAGGAAAGGUUCUGAAUCUGCCUUUCAACUAACUACUCAAGUUUGAGAGCCUGCCAGGGACCAAGCACUGUCCUAGGUACCCAGGCUAGUACACGCAGACAUCGUCUGUUCUGUUGUCGGGGUGUUUGGUAAUUCACAGUUCCUCAGUUUACACCUAGCUUGAACCUCCCAGUGAUUCUCCGAGGGGCUUUAUCA